UUCCUGCGCCGGGAGUGAGACAAGCACAACCUCAGGGAGACCCGGCCCUGCGCACAGACACCGGCGGCCCCCCGCCACGGCAGCCCCGGAGGAGGAAGCCGGCCCCUUCCCUCGUCCUGCAGCGCCGGGAGCCUUCGGACCUUCCGAGUGUCCGGCAGACACCUGUCCCGCCUGGAGGCAGCUCUCAUGGACUAACCAGCUCCUUCCACUCAAGUACAUUCUGUGGACAUAAACAUUUUUUAACUUUUUUAAGAACUUUUUUUCCCCAUGGAAUUUUUACCAGCUGCCCCUUAGUUAUUUCCUGCUUCUCCCAUCUCAGACAGCGCUGACUUUGUUUUUUCCUGGUACUGUAGUAUGGGGAUCAAAUCAAAACGGAGAUUUUAAGUAUUGCGAGAGCCCUCCAGUCCAUUCACCUGUUAAAAGUGAGCAGUGCUGUUCCUGUCUUUCUUCUUUUUCCCCACGUCGCCUGUCGGAUGUGAUGGAACUCAUGUUCGCAGAGUGGGAGGACGGGGAGAGGUUUUCAUUUGAAGACUCCGAUCGCUUUGAAGAAGACUCUCUUUGUUCCUUCAUCUCUGAGGCAGAGAGCCUUUGCCAGAACUGGAGAGGAUGGAGGAAGCAAUCGGCUGGACCCAAUUCCCCCACUGUCAAAAUGAAAGAUGGGCUGGUGAUCCCAUUGGUGGAACUCUCUGCAAAACAGGUUGCAUUUCACAUUCCAUUUGAGGUGGUGGAGAAAGUUUAUCCUCCAGUGCCUGAACAACUGCAACUUCGAAUCGCCUUCUGGAGCUUCCCAGAAAAUGAGGAGGAUAUCAGGUUGUACUCAUGCUUGGCGAAUGGCAGUGCAGAUGAGUUCCAGCGAGGGGAACAGCUCUUCCGGGUGAGGGCUGUCAAAGACCCUCUCCAGAUAGGCUUCCACCUGAGUGCCACUGUGGUGCCCCCACAGAUGGUGCCCCCCAAGGGUGCGUACAACGUGGCGGUGAUGUUUGACCGGUGCCGGAUCACGUCGUGCAGCUGCACCUGCGGGGCCGGGGCCAAGUGGUGUGCUCACGUCGUGGCGCUCUGUCUCUUCCGCAUCCACAAUGCAUCUGCAGUGUGCUUACGAGCACCUGUUUCUGAGUCUUUGUCUCGGUUACAAAGAGACCAGUUGCAAAAAUUUGCUCAGUACCUAAUCAGCGAACUUCCACAACAGAUUCUUCCAACGGCUCAGCGCUUGCUGGACGAGUUAUUAUCUUCCCAGUCUACUGCCAUCAACACAGUAUGUGGGGCCCCAGAUCCCACUGCUGGACCUUCUGCCUCAGAUCAAAGCACCUGGUACUUAGAUGAAUCUACUUUGAGUGAUAACAUAAAGAAAACCCUUCAUAAAUUCUGUGGACCCUCUCCUGUUGUUUUUAGUGAUGUGAAUUCAAUGUAUCUGUCUUCCACUGAGCCACCAGCUGCUGCUGAGUGGGCUUGUCUGCUGCGUCCCCUGCGAGGAAGAGAACCUGAAGGAAUCUGGAACUUGCUUUCCAUCGUGCGGGAAAUGUUUAAGAGACGGGAUAGCAAUGCAGCUCCUUUGCUGGAGAUUCUGACUGACCAGUGUCUCAACUAUGAGCAGAUAACCGGCUGGUGGUACAGCGUGCGAACAUCUGCUUCACACAGCAGUGCUAGUGGGCACACAGGGCGCAGCAAUGGCCAGUCAGAAGUAGCUGCUCAUGCUUGUGCAAGCAUGUGUGAUGAGAUGGUGGUUCUUUGGAGGCUGGCUGUCCUUGACCCAACUAUUAGUCCACAGAGGCGCAGGGAUCUUUGCUCACAGCUCAGACAGUGGCAGCUGAAAGUCAUAGAUAAUGUUAAGAGGGGUCAGCACAAGAAGUCCCUAGAAAAGCUCUUCCAAGGUUUCAAGCCAGCUGUAGAAGCCUGUUACUUUAGCUGGGAGGAAGCUUAUCCCAUUCCUGGGAUUACAUAUAGCAGCACUGACAAGAAGAACUCAUUCUGUUGGGUAAAGGCCAUCCAGCAGAGGAGCUGCCGCUUGCAGUGUGCAGAAAGUGCCUGUGAGGCUGGUAGGACCCAUAGCCAGGAGCUUGGGGGACCAUGUCUGCAGCCCGGGGACAGGCUGCGGCCUUCUCCCCAGGAGCCGGCGGUUCGUCCCAAGGAACUUACUGGGAAGCGGAAAGUUGUCUCCGAAACGCCACAGAGGGUUCUGAGACGGCUCUCGGCAGAAGGGGAUAAAGUUGUCUACAAGACUGCAGUGAGCAAAGCAAAGUUGCCAGUGAGCAAAGGCUUGACCAGUAAACAUAGUGGGAAACGCCGUAUGAGCAGUGAGGACAGCUCUCUGGAGCCGGACUUGGCAGAGAUGAGCCUGGAUGACAGCAGCUUAGCACUGGGGGCAGAAGCCAGCAAUACCUUUAGUUUUACAGAAAGUCCACUGAGCAGGAGCUACAGGGAUGCCUUUGAAGAGGAUGCUGGAGUGUACUUCUCGGAGGGACCGGAGCCCACUGUCAGGAGCAGUUCCAUGGCCAAGAAAUCCCCCAAGGAUCCUGUGGGGGAGAUGGGUAGUGGUGAUGAUGACCUGCCUUCCGCGGAUGAGAACUCUGGUGGCGUGAGUCUGAAGCCAGAGGAAAUGGGAGAGAAUGGUGCAGCAGGGGGAGAGGAUGAUGGAGAAGAUGAAGAUGAUUACCAGGUGUACUAUCUGAAUCCACAAGAGGUAGCCAAGGAAGAUGAUGACAAAGCUGAAGGGGGAAUUGACGAGGAGCAGGAUAUAUUUGCUGGUAUAAAGCCUCUGGAACAGGAGAACCGGAUGGAGAUCCUGUUUGCCUGUGCAGAGGCACUGUAUGCACAUGGAUACAGUAGUGAGGCUUGCCGCUUGACUGUAGAGCUUGCUAGAGACCUACUGGCCAACCCUCCAGAUCUCAAAGUGGAGCAGCCACCAGCUAAGGGCAAAAAGAACAAGGUGUCAACCAGCAAGCAGACGUGGAUGGCAACCAACACCUUGUCUAAAGCUGCUUUCUUGCUGACUGUCUUGAGUGAGCGGCUGGAGUACCACAACCUGGCAUUCCGAAUAGGAAUGUUUGCUCUGGAGCUGCAGAGACCACCUGCCUCUACCAAGGCUCUGGAGGUGAAGCUGGCUUAUCAGGAAUCUGAGAUUGCAGCCCUCUUGAAGAAGAUUCCCUUGGGCACCAACGAGAUGAACACUAUUAGAGGAAGAGCUGAGGAACUGCGAGAAGGAACAUUGUGUGAUUACCGUCCUGUCCUGCCUCUGAUGUUGGCAAGCUUUAUAUUUGAUGUCCUGUGCACUCCAGUGGUUUCUCCUACAGGCUCCAGGCCCCCAAGCCGUAAUUGGAAUAAUGAAAUGCCUGGAGAUGAAGAGCUUGGUUUUGAGGCAGCUGUUGCUGCUCUUGGUAUGAAAACAACUGUCAGUGAAGCAGAACAUCCUCUGUUGUGUGAGGGCACACGAAGGGAGAAAGGGGAUCUGGCUCUAGCCCUGAUGAUUAUGUACAAGGAUGAUCAGUCUAAGCUGAAGAAGAUUUUAGACAAACUCCUGGACAGAGAGAGUCAAACCCACAAACCACAGACGCUGAGUUCCUUCUACUCAUCCAGCAAGCCUACAGUUGCAAGUCAAAAAUCUCCUUCCAAACAUGCUGCCCAGUCUGCUGCAGCUAUCCAACAGCUUCCAGGGACUUCUGUCACUCAGCAAGCUACAGUAAGCACUGCAGUCCAGAGCAGUCCUGAGAACUUUGUGGAGAAGAGUACACAGGAGAGCUCUCAGAGGUCCCCUUGUGAGCCAGCUGCAGAGGCCACUGUUUUGAAACAAGAGGGAAAGGUCCCCAGUCGGCUGGCCCUUGGAAACAGAGGCGGAUACAAUGGGAGAUGCUGGGGUUCACCUGUCAGGCAGAAGAAGAAGCACACAGGCAUGGCUAGUAUUGACAGCAGUGCUCCUGAAACCACCUCUGACAGUUCUCCAACGCUCAGUCGGCGUCCCCUACGUGGGGGCUGGGCAACAACAUCCUGGGGCAGAGGACAGGACAGUGACAGCAUCAGCAGUUCUUCAAGUGAUUCACUAGGAUCUUCCUCUUCCAGUGGCAGUAGGAGAGCCAGUGGGGGAGCCCGUGCAAAGACUGUGGAAGUUGGCAGGUAUAAAGGGAGGCGGCUGGAGAGCCAUGCUCCUCAUGUCCCAAACCAGCCCUCAGAGGCAGCUGCGCACUUCUACUUUGAAUUGGCCAAGACAGUCCUUAUCAAAGCAGGUGGAAACAGCAGUACCUCGAUCUUCACCCACCCUUCCUCCAGUGGUGGGCACCAGGGACCACACCGCAACCUUCACCUCUGCGCCUUUGAGAUUGGGCUGUAUGCACUAGGGCUGCACAACUUCGUGUCUCCCAACUGGCUCUCUCGAACUUACUCCUCCCAUGUCUCUUGGAUCACAGGGCAGGCCAUGGAGAUUGGUAGCGCAGCCUUGAACAUCUUGGUGGAGUGUUGGGAUGGACAUCUAACUCCCCCAGAGGUGGCAUCAUUGGCAGACAGAGCUUCACGGGCCAGAGACUCCAACAUGGUGCGGGCAGCUGCUGAACUGGCGCUCAGCUGCCUGCCUCAUGCCCAUGCCCUGAACCCAAACGAGAUCCAGAGGGCUCUGGUGCAGUGUAAGGAACAGGACAACCUGAUGCUGGAAAAGGCCUGCAUGGCAGUAGAAGAGGCAGCCAAAGGAGGUGGUGUGUACCCAGAAGUCCUCUUUGAAGUAGCUCAUCAGUGGUACUGGCUUUACGAACAGACUGUUGGUGGCACCCCAGCCCAGAGAGAAGGUGCCACCGGCUGCAGCGCCGGUGGUGCGCGGGCUGCGUCUGAAGCAGCGCGUGGCUUGGCAGACAGCCGGGUGACCUCAGAGCCAACCACGGUGACAGUGGCAGCUGCAGUAACUGCAGCAGCAACCGUCAUGCCAGUGAUCUCUGUGGGGUCAACCAUGUACCAGCAGCACACGGUGGCAGGGCCAGCAAUGGCACACACACACACGCAGGGUCUCCACCCUUACACCACCCUUCAGACUCACAUCCCCUGUAAUCCCCAGUAUAUCGGACACACUAUCCAGCACAUGCCGCGCCCAGCUGUCUUCCCGGUCCCUGGCUCGGCGUAUCCACAGGGUGUCCAUCCAGCAUUCAUAGGGGCGCAAUACCCUUACUCAGUAACGGCACCGUCACUGGCAGCUACAGCAGUGUCCUUCCCUGGCGUGCCCGUCCCCUCCAUGACGCAGAUCGCGGUGCAUCCCUACCACAGUGAGACGGGACUAUCGCUGUCUUCCAAUGUAGCGCUAGGCAGUGUCCAUGCAGGAUCAACGUUCCCAGCGAUUCAGGGUGCUUCCUUGACAACUCUGUCCUCACAGCCCAACUCCCUUGUUACAGGGGGCUUUCCUGCCGAGGAUGAGCAGCACAGUCAGCCUGUGAGCCCCCAGGGUCUGCACUACCUCCACUCUGCAUACCGAGUUGGGAUGCUGGCUCUGGAGAUGCUUGGCCGAAGAGCUCACAACGACCAUCCCAACAACUUCUCCCGCAGCCCACCCUACACUGAGGAUGUAAAAUGGCUCCUUGGGUUAGCUGCAAAGUUAGGUGUAAACUAUGUGCAUCAGUUUUGCGUUGGUGCAGCCAAGGGGGUGCUGAGCCCUUUUGUGCUCCAGGAGAUCAUCAUGGAAGCUCUACAGAGGCUCAACCCCGCGCAUGUGCACAACCACCUGCGCACCCCAGCCUUCCACCAGCUGGUUCAGAGAUGCCAGCAGGCUUAUAUGCAGUACAUCCAUCAUCGGCUGAUCCAUCUCACCCCAGCUGACUACGAUGACUUUGUGAAUGCCAUCCGCAGCGCCAGAAGCGCCUUCUGCCUGACUCCCAUGGGCAUGAUGCAGUUUAAUGAUAUUCUCCAGAACCUAAAGCGCAGCAAGCAGACGAAGGAGCUGUGGCAAAGGGUCUCUCUGGAAAUGACCACCUUCUCACCAUGACAUCGGGUGGAGCUGCACGGACACAACAACCCUUUGCCCAACAUAGCUGUAGUUCCAUUUACACCAUCCUUCCUUCUGGUGUCUUUUUUAUUUUAGUUUUAACUUGUUGGAAACCACUGAUCUGAUGUAUUUAUACCAUGACAUUCCUCUCCAGCACUGUUGCGUGUUGGCGCUCUGCUUUGCUCGCUCUUCCUCCUCCUUCUCAGUGGGCUGCAGGCUUUAGAAGCAUCAGGUAAUGAGAAGGAAGUUGAGCUGGCUGCCCUGUGGUGUAGUCACCGCUUUUUUCCCUGAGCCCCGGGAGGCUGUCCUGCGAGCAGUUUGCAGUGUGAUUACGCACGUGUUAGAGGGGGUUGGGGAUUCUGUCUUAAAUAUUUAUUUUGGCAUUUAUAAAUAUGUAAACUUUUUUUUUUUUUAUGGGCUUCUCUUAUUCCACACACACCAUGUUGGGGAGUGGCUGGAACUGCUGUGCACAGUGAGUGCUCCCUUCCAUCCCUUUCAGCAACUCCUGGUGAGAGAAGCUGAGACUGGAGUAGCAGGGCCAGGGCCACCUCUGCAGCUUUCUGCAGCAGCUGAGGACAGAGGCUGGAGCUUGAGCUGCCUGGAGACUGCCAGAAAUGCUUGGGCUCUUUCUCAGGAGUGUCCCUCACUGGGCACUGCUAGCUCAUAGAAUGUUUUGAUCUUGGUUGUUACAAGUUGUACAAUCCUGUUUCUUUUGGCCUGGGGUAUUACUCUCCUGUAAUCAGUUUCUUAUCCCUGGUCUCUUCUUGUUUCCUGAUUAAACACUUGUUUUCUUAGA